AUGGCCGGCGAUACUACAACCACGGUGGGAGCGACCCCUGUGGUCAGCGAAUAUACUCAAGCUUUGGCAAAGCGAGUGAUUCGAAAGAUCGACGGGCGAGUUCUGUUAAUCAUGUUUGUGACUUAUAACUUGAACUUCAUGGACAAGACUAUCCUGUCAUCUGCCUCUGUAUUCGGUCUGACAGAAGAUAAUCAUCUUGUUGGGACCCAAUACUCAUGGGUUUCCAGUAUCUUCUACUUCGGAUAUCUUCUUUACGAAUAUCCAACAACGAUCUUGAUCCAACGACUGCCAAUAUCAAAGUAUCUCACUGUGGUGACUUUCUGUUGGGGAGCUGUGGUGGCGGUCACUGCAGCGUGCUCCAGUUUUGGGGGUCUAGCAACAUGCCGAUUCCUUUUAGGUGUUGCAGAAGCCACAAUCUCGCCAGCAUUUGUAUAUAUAACGAGCAUGUGGUAUACAAGAGAUGAAAUCCCUUCCCGUACUGGAGUGUGGUUUGCUGGUAACAGCUGUGGUGGAUUUCUGGCAUCAUUGUUAGCCUACGGUAUCGGUCAGAUUGAGAAACCUCUCCAUCCUUGGCAAUGGAUGUUUAUCAUCUUUGGAGUUGCGACGAGCGUCCAGAGCUUUGUCAUAUUUUUCUUCCUGCCAGACACCAUCAAUGAUGCAAAAUUCUUGAAUGAGGAAGAAAAGCAGUAUGCUGAGGAUCGUGUGGUUCUAGGAGGGACAGGAAAGACGGAUCCAAUUAACAGCGAGUGGAAGAUGGACCAAGUCCUUGAAUGUUUCAUGGACCCAAAGACGUAUUUUUUUGCUGCUAUUUCCGUCUUGACUCAGAUUCCAAAUGGAGGUACUGGAAGCUUUGGAAAUUUGGCUUUGAAAAGCUUCGGAUUCUCGAGUCUUGAAAGCACUCUUGUUACUUUACCUGCUUCCGUAAUUGCGAUGUCUACUAUCUUAGGCACCGGUUGGUUAGCAGGCCGAUUUCGGAACAUUACAACGUUCUUGAUAAUUGCUGUUGUCAUUCCACCGGUUGUGGGAAGUGCCAUCAUCUUUUCCGUGAAAGGAAAGGGAGUGCGGCUGUUUGCAUACUAUUGUCUGCAAACUGGUCCGGGUGCGCUACCUCUGACUCUCGGUCUGGUUUCGUCGAACUACAAGGGCGUGACAAAAAAGAUGACUGUCACGGCAGUUCUGUUCUUGACAUAUUGUGCCGGCAACAUUGCUGGCCCUCAGACUUUUAAAUCCGCCGAAAAAGCUCGUGGCUACCCGACUGCUUUCAAAGCUAUCCUCAUCUGUUACGGGCUUGUAUUCCUCGUGUCUUUAAGUCUCCGCGUCUAUCUGACUUUAGUCAAUCGAUCUCGCGAUAAACAGGAAGGAAUCGCUUCGCUAGAAUCUCCAGCCGCCAACGAUAAGAAGGAGUUGACCGCAGAGGAUUAUGAGGAUGUGACGGAUUUGAAAACUCUCGGCUUCAGAUAUCGCAUGUAG